UGCAGCAUUGAGGACACUCCCGCCAAAGGCGUCGCCGUGGGAACGAGAAAGACCGAGUGAGCGCGUUUUUAGCGCAGUCAGCACUAAAGUCCCUCACUCUUGUUCCCCGGACCGGACGGAGAGUGCGAGCGUGCGCCAUGCGUCUCUGAACUCUAGCGCCAGCAUGCAGAACAUUUCUGAGGAGUGGAGAGAUCCCGCGUCCCGGGAUGGUGAAGGACACGGGGACGGAGCGCAGGGGAAGCCGCACGCGGACGCGGAGCGCGAGACGCUGAUGAUGGAGCUCACGCGCCUGGUGCAGAAGAGUGUGAGAGAGAGCAGCUGGUGGGAGAGGAGAGGAAUAGACUGCAGCAUCCUCACCGCAGCCUUCAUCAGUUUACCGGCAGGGUUCCUGUUGUUGGGUUCGUCUCAGCCGCUGUAUUUCCUGUUGGGUCUGCUGAUAAUGGGCAUUGCUCACGCUGUCAUCACCGUUAAAGGGACACAUCUGUCCAGUCACGGCGCGCUCAGCGAGUCUCCGGCCUGGACCGACUUCUGGGCCGUCUUCUUCAUCGAAGUGUGCGGCUCGUUCUCAGCUCGGGCCGGUGUUCAUGCUCACGUCAAGAUGCAUCACGCUCACACUAAUGUCAUCGGUUUGGGAGACUCCAGCACCUGGAAAAUCCCCUUCCUUCCUCGAUCCAUCUACCUGUUCAUCGCGCCGCUGGCCGUCCCCAUCAUCACACCCAUCGUUGCCAUCGGUCAGCUGAAGGGUCAGUCUCCGUUCCAGAUUGUGCGCACCGUCCUGUGUGUGUGUCUGGGGUUUUUCUCUCAGUAUUACCUGCUCAGGUGUGUGUCAGGACUCUCGUGCAGCUCUGCUCUGGUGGUCAUGCUUCUGUGCAGAGCCAUGUUCUCCCUGCCGUACAUACACGUUAACAUAUUUCAGCACAUCGGCCUGGCAAUGUUUUCUGCCACUCAGCGUCCCAAACGCAUCUUCCAGAUGACACACGGAGUCCUGAACCUUCCCCGAAACCCACUGCUGGACUGGACCUUCGGCCAUUCCCUCAUCAGCUGCCACGUGGAGCAUCACCUCUUCCCAUUCCUGUCUGACAACAUGUGCCUGAAGGUGAAGCCUAUAGUGUCUCGGUAUCUGAAGGAGAAGAAGUUGCCGUAUCUGGAGGACGGUUAUGUCUCCCGUCUGCAUCUGUUCUUCCACAAAUAUCAGGAGCUGAUGGUGUUUGCACCACCCAUCACUGAACUGGUGGGAAUACAGUGACGGAGAAAGAGGAUGAUGAUGAUGAUGAUGAUGAUGGGAUGAAGAGCAGAAGAUGAGAAGAUUGACACUGAGAUGAUGGCUGGUGCAUGAAGGCAUUGGAAUUAAAGUAAACUUGAAACUUGGCUCACAAUUCAUUUUACUUGCAUAAUAUGAUGCAUUACUGAAAGAAACAGGGUAUUUGACAAGAAUAAAAAUGUACGAUGAGUACUUUCAGCCCUGGAUGACAUUUUAACGAAGGAUAAAGAAGUUAAAUAUUUGUUAGUUCAGAAUGAUAUGUGCUGUUGAAGGACCAGGAAUGUGCAUUAAGAAACAGGAUCAAAUCUGAACUCAUCUCGUCUUACAAGCAAUGCUGUGCAUAGAGAGCAUCUUUUCAUUUAAAACAAAAUGCAUUAAAAUAUACUUAAAAGGAGGAUUUCCUUCACAUAGAUUUUUAAGCAGUGCUUCCUAUUCACUUCGCUAAAUGACAUUAUUGAAUGUAAAGAUCAUUGCCUAAUGCACUAACUUCGGAUCAGUGUUAAUACAGCACUGCAGCGCUCAUCAUUCACGACCUCUGACCCCAGAUCAGCUCCCAGCUUCAAUAUAGCUGUAUGAAGACUAAAAAUAUGCAUACAACUUUACCUAAUCUACACAGGACACGCUUUGACUUUGUUCCAAAGUUUAGUGAGCUGCCUUUGCUGUCUCUUAAAGGGACAGUUCACCUAAAAAUUACAAUUCUGUAAUUUACUCACACUAAAGUUGAUCCGAACCGGUAUGAAUUUCUUUCACCUGCUGAACACACACACACACACACACACACACACACAAAAGAUAUUUAAAGAAGGUUUGUAAUCAAAUAGUUGACGGUAGCCAUUGACUUCCAUAGUAAAAUUUUCAUACUAUGGAAGUCAAUGGGUACCAAUCAUUGUUUGUUCAACAGCAUUAUCCAAAAUAUCUUCUUUUGUGCUCAGUUGAAGAAAGAGAAUGAGUAAGUGAUAGAAUUGUCAUUUUUGGUUGAACUUGGAUGAGACUCAUUUUGUUAAGCCACAACUCGUCUUACAAAUAGUGGUACACACAGAAGACAAUCGAUUCCAAUAGAGUUUGCAAUGCAUUAUGGGAAUGCCUUUAAGAUUUUGACCAAAUGAAAGUAUCUUGAAGGUAGCAUCUUUAUUAAGAUGUCUUAAAUGCUAGAUACGCAGCUCGCUGGGGUUCGGAACAUAGUUUUUGUGUAGAUUGAAACAAAUAGGACUUUUUAUUAUUAUUACAGCAGACAUUUUUGAAUUUGCUAACAACAAUCCUAUUAUUUGAGUACAAUAUUAAUACAGCACACAGUAGAGAUAGGUACAUGUAACUGUAAUGAACAUGAGAAAUUCAUUUAUUUGACUCGAAUAUAAUAAUAUUCACCGUAUACAGUUGUACUUAUGCACUGAUUUGUUUAUGAUUCAGUGAUUUUUACCAGAAUCAGUCGCCUUUGACUUGCUUCCACUGUAUGUUCAUGAAUGUAACUGUGUCUGUGAGCGUGCAAGAGAAUGUUGCUCUCCUCUUUCAUUUGAAAUGAAGAUGAUACUUUAAUUAUACUGACCAAAUAAAUUGAAAUAGAUAUUCAA